GUGUUUUUGUUUUUUUUUUCUUCGUUCUCGCCCUUCGUUCUGGUGCUGCUGAACAUGGCCACGGCUGGAACAGUCAUCAAAUGCAAGGCGGCGGUGGCCUGGGAGGCCGGCAAGCCCCUGUCUCUGGAGGAGGUGGAGGUAGCACCACCGAAGGCCCAAGAAGUUAGAGUGAAGAUCCAUGCUACAGGAGUGUGCCACACUGAUGCGUACACACUGAGUGGCAGUGAUCCUGAGGGGCUGUUUCCUGUCAUCUUGGGGCAUGAGGGGGCAGGAACGGUGGAGAGCGUAGGAGAAGGGGUCACCAAGUUCAAACCAGGGGACACUGUUAUUCCCCUCUACAUACCACAGUGUGGAGAAUGCAAGUUCUGUAAAAAUCCCAAAACCAACCUGUGUCAGAAGAUCAGGGUGACCCAAGGCCAGGGGCUGAUGCCUGAUAAGACCACCAGAUUUACCUGUAAAGGAAAGCCAGUCUUCCACUUUAUGGGAACCAGCACCUUUUCUGAGUACACUGUGGUGGCCGAGAUAUCUCUGGCCAAGGUGGAAGAGAGCGCUCCGCUGGAUAAAGUGUGUCUGCUGGGCUGUGGCAUCUCAACAGGCUAUGGAGCUGCUCUGAACAUCGCCAAGGUUGAGGCCGGCUCCACCUGCGCUGUGUUUGGUUUGGGAGCUGUUGGUCUGGCUGCUGCAAUGGGCUGCAAGGCGGCCAGUGCCACCAGAAUCAUCGGCAUUGACAUCAAUCCGGACAAGUUUGAGAUUGCCAAGAAGUUUGGAGUCACUGAGUAUGUGAAUCCUAAAGACCACAGCAAACCCAUUCAGGAGGUUCUAGUGGAGAUGACUGAUGGGGGAGUGGACUACUCCUUUGAGUGCAUUGGUAAUGUGGGCAUUAUGCGAGCUGCUCUGGAGGCGUGCCAUAAGGGCUGGGGAACAAGUGUGAUCAUUGGCGUGGCCGGGGCGGGACAGGAGAUAUCAACACGUCCCUUCCAAUUGGUCACAGGACGCACGUGGAAGGGCACUGCUUUUGGAGGCUGGAAGAGUGUAGAGAGUGUCCCUAAACUAGUGGAUGACUACAUGAACAAGAAGCUAAUGGUGGAUGAGUUUGUGACUCACACGAUGCCUUUUGCUCAGAUUAAUGAAGCCUUUGACAUCAUGCAUGCUGGAAAGAGCAUCCGAGCUGUCCUGACGUUCUGAUGUCCCAAGAUCCGCAAGCCUUAACUCCCGCUGUUAUGGAGCAAUCACAUUAAUGUUUAGUCUUUGAGCACUUACACUGUUGAUCAUAACUUUUUGAUGACAUGAGAAUGUGUAGAACAGUCAAUAAACUUGAUUCAAACACA